UCCACUCAUUCGGGGCUCUCCCAGCCCUGGAGCUCCAGCACGGAGAGACCGGUCCUCGUGGGUGACGGGAUUCCACCCACGAAGGAGGGGACCGUUGAUUCCUCCCAGGUCGACCCAGUGUACGGUAAAGGGAAGCUGUCAGAGAUCCAGGGUCUGAUCCUGGGUAUGCUGGACACCUUCAACUAUGAGCAGACCCUCCUUGAGACCACCACCAGCCUGCUGAACCACGACCUCCACUGGUCCCUGGCCCACCUGCGGGCCAGCGUGACGCGGGGGCUGGUGCCGCGGCAGGACACCUGCAACAUCUGCCUGCUGCAGUACAGGCGGCGCCACGACCCCCCCGAGGAGAUCGUCAUCUUCAGCUGUGGCCACCUGUACCACUGCCAGUGCCUGCAGGCCAAAGACUGUGGGAGUGGCUCCGGCUCGGCGCGACCGCAGCAGUGGAGCUGCUUCAAGUGCUCGUCCAAUCAGGGAGGAAGGGGCGGAGCCAUGGCAGACCAGAGGCGAGCCCGGAGCACCUCUCUAGCCCAGACGAACGUGACCUCAUCGCUCCGAGAGCCCGGCCUGGAGGCUCAUGGGAAAAAGCUGUUCGUGGAGGCGACCCUUGACCCCCAGCAGGCCCAGUCCUGGGACCACCUGCGGUGUUUGUACCACGGGCCGUCGCGGCUGGCGAUCCUCUCGGAGCUCACGCAUUGCCAUGGCAACGAGAAGGCGGGGCUUCUGCAUCCUGCCCCCCAGGGCACAGGAAGUGUGUUCCACAGCGAGGACUUCAAGCUGAAGCAGUGUUCAGCUCCCUGCUGCAUGGAGCCGUCAGGAAACGACCCAACCAAAACGUUAGAUAGAAAACAAUCCAAGAUCGGGGAAUGUGAUGUGACCUAAACGUGGUCGGUCCGACUAUGAAACGGCUUCGCUUGAGGUCCAGAAUACUUUGCAGCCUUUGUCGAUUCGGAGGGCAACCAGAGAGCCAGGACAAACCACUAGAACUAAAACCAGUACGACCAGUACAUACAAUCCUACUGCUCUUACACAAAGAGUUAUAGCAGUGCACAGAAUACUUCUCCCUGUACACAUACAGUAGUAGAAGUACACAUAGUACUGGCAGUACAUAGAAUACAUCUCCCUUUAUACGCUCAGUAGUUCAAGCAGUACACAGACUUACAGCAGUACACUUAAUACUUCUCCCUGUAUAUAUACAGUAGUACUAGCCCCACAGAGUAUGAGUAGUACAGAGAAUACUUCUCCUGUACACACAGUAGUACUAGCAGUAAUCAGCAGUGUGGUGGGAUGGUUCACCAGCUGAUGAACUAGUCACUCUGCUCAUGUAUAAAUAACCCAGGGAUGACCCUGUCUGGUUCAGAGGGAGAGAGAUUUUUUUCGAGUUUUUGUGCUCAAUGAGUGCAUUUGUUGAUGAAAAACAAUGUAUCAGCAUCUGCAGAUAACAUGGAAAAGACUUAAUGAUUCUUAUUUACUUAAUACUUAAAAAUCUGUAAAAAGGGAUUAUUAAAUAAAAUAUCAUAAAAAAUAUCAUUGGUUUAAUAUGUUUUCGUUAUUGUUCAAGUUCACUAGUUCAUUUCAGAUUUUGUAAAUAAUAUUUAGUACUAUGCUUGGCAUCUCCACUUGUUUUACCGGCAUCAGCCAAUAA